GCUUCCUCCAAACUCCGUUCCGCUCUCCCUCUGCGCUCUUCCAGCUCCCGCAAGCUCCAUCCAUGCAGCUCCGUCCACGGCUCCGUCUCCUGCUCCCGCCACAGCUUCCAUCAGUCUCCUCGUCCUCAUCAUCAUCAUCAUCAUCGUCGUCGUCUUUGUGUUGUCGUCGUUGUUGGUUAUUGAGCCUCUGAACUCUCAGCUCCUGCAGUUGACGCAGCGGCGGAUGACGGCGCCACGGAUGAAUAAGGGGGACCUGGGGUGGGUGGUUUCCGCAGCGAGGAUUGCCACGGCAAACACGGCCCCGAGAAGUGUGGAGGCACACGACGACCCUUGUGGUAACGCACGGGAUGCGCCUUGACACGGGGGAUCUUUGCAGUGACACAAGGACCCUUGCGGCCCCUUCAGGUGACACGACGACCAUUUGGGACCAUUCUAUUGACACGUGGACCUUGUAAAUUGACCCCUUGCAUUGAAGCGCACAGGGGGCGGGGGGCCCUUAUGGUGACACAGGGGCCGAGAUGCCCAGGGGUCGGAGCAGGGCACGGGGCUCCUGUCCCAGCGGCGGCACCCGCUGCUGGGCUGCCUUGCUGGGUACAACCGUGGGACUCGUAAUGAGCGCGGGUCUCGUUCAGGAGAUGCGCGAGAGGUGGAGGAGCCAGGUCUUGGAUUCGGGAGCGGCUCCGAUGGGUCCUGAGAGCGGCGCGGAGACACGGGCACGACCACGCGAGCCGGAGCCCAUGGUUUAUUGCCUGCUUGCGCCACACCAGGGCGGCGAUGGAGACCUGGAGGAGGUGCGCCGCGUUCUCGCACGUCUCGGAUUCACUCGUGGGGGGCCCCAGUCCCGCUGGUCGCUCCUCUGGGCACACGGCUACCCCCCCUUCAGCAGGCUGCUUCAUUGGGGACCCCCCUCCAUCCUGCCGCGCUGGAUUAACCACUUCCCCGGCUCAGGGUUCCUCACGAGUAAACUCCAUGUCGCCUCCACUAACCUCACCUUCAUUCCUCGCGCCUUCCACCUUCCGGAGGACACACUCCUGCUGAUGGCUCAGGCGAAGGAGCAACCCAAGAAGCUGUGGCUUCAAAAGUCCAAGAGCCACCGCGGAAUACAGAUCGUGUCCCCGCAUGACGUGGAGCGUCUGGGAGCAGACGUCUUCGUGCAAGAGUUCGUUCAGCGACCACUGCUCAUUGACGGAAGGAAGUUCGACGUGGGAAUUUACGUGGUGGUGACGUCCGUGCAGCCCCUGCGGGUGUACGCGUACGACGAGGAGGUGCUCCUGAGGUUCUGCAGCAAGAAUUACCUACCCUUUGACCCCAGGGAUGUGCUCUCGUAUGUGGUGGGUGACGACUACACCCCAACGUGGGAGAUGCCAUCCCUGAAGCGCGCGUAUGUGGACCACAAGUACAGCCACAAGCAGACGCUGGCCGCUCACCUGCGCUCGCUAGGCAUGGCCCCCGAACGGCUGUGGGAUGACAUCAAGAAGGCGAUUGCUGACCUCCUAUUGGUCAAGGAGCCUCAGCUCAAUGCAUCGCUGCAGGGACAUGCCUCACACUGGAAGUUCUUUGAGUUGGUCCGGUUUGACUUCCUGCUCGACGAGGACUUGAACAUUCAUCUGAUGGAGGUCAACAUGUCUCCUAACCUCUCCUCUCGACACUUCCCACCGAACAGACUCCUCUACGAGCAGGUUCUGUUCAGCACACUACAGCUGGUGGGGGUAGCCAGCAGCGUCAUCCAAGGUGACACACACAGUCUGGCCAUGCAGGUGAGCGAUCGUGACAUACAGACGCACCCCGAGCUCUGUCUGCACCACUGCCGGGACUCAUGCGAGCACAAAUGCCAGCUGUGCGAGUCUUGUCUCAGCGCGGCCUGGCGCUCCGCUCUCAAGGACGCUCACCUGGAGCACACGCGGAGGUGGAGCGCUCGCAGGGUCGUCCCACCUGCCACGGACCAGCGUGGAUGGGACCCCCUACAAGAGGCAAGACUAUCUGAACACAACCAGCUCAUGGCCUGGUGGUUUAAAGGGAAGUGCUUGCAAGACAUCACUUGGUGCUUCUGAUAUUUGUGCACCCACUCGCACAACCCAGCACACAGCGAAAUAAACGGUGUAAAAAUCCGCUUCCCAAGUAUAUAUUUUGACCUCGUGCGAGCAUUCAUUUAAACAUGCCAAAAUGCAUUUAAUACUUUGAACUGCUACACUCCAUUUUGUAAAACUGAUUAAUUUGCACAUUUUAAUUGUAUAA